AUUAGGUGCCAUGUAUCUAGCAGCUCUUGUUCUGCUUCUCUUGUUGCCCCCCUCACUGCAGAAAUCCCGGGAUUUCUAUACAUUUAAGGUGGUAAAUAUCAGGGGCAAGCUGGUGUCGCUGGAGAAGUACCGUGGUUCGGUAACUCUGGUGGUUAAUGUAGCAAGUGAGUGUGGAUUUACAGAUUCUCACUACAAAGCAUUACAGCAGCUGCAGAGGGACCUGGGAUCUUACCACUUCAAUGUUUUGGCAUUUCCAUGCAACCAGUUUGGACAGCAAGAACCAAAUAGUGACCGAGAAAUUGAGAACUUUGUCAGAAAGAAUUAUAGUGCAUCCUUUCCCAUGUUCAGCAAAACUGCCGUCACUGGCACUGGUGCCAACAGUGCCUUCAAGUACCUAAUAGAAUCCUCUGGAAAAGAACCGGACUGGAAUUUCUGGAAAUACUUGGUUGGGCCGGAUGGUAAAGUAAUUGAUGCUUGGGGUCCAUCAGUCUCUGUAGCAGAGGUGAAGCCUCACAUCACCAGCCUUGUGAGGAAAAUAAUUCUGAAAAGGAAAGAGGAACUUUGAGACCACUUCCUAGACAAGUGCCCAAAAUCUUAUGGAUCAUUCCUUUCAUUUGUUUUCAAGAUAUCAGUAUGAAAAUGCAUAGAACAUUUGGAUAUUGAGAAUAAUAAGUGAGGUAUUCCCGUGACUCUGCAGGUGUUUUAUAGUACAGUUUCAUAUUACACAUAUUACAGUGAAAUAACUUGUCAUGUCUCAGGAAACCACUGUGUAAAGAAAAAAACAAUGCAUGACAAACACAAGCAAAUAUACCAUAGUCUCUUUUUUUUAAAAAAAAUGUUUUCUGGCAAUUAUUACUUAAUUUACACUGUAAUCGCCCAGCUGAAAAACACAUUGUUCUCAUUGCCAAGUCAUUGUUUGUAUGUUGUGUCAUGAAUGAAAUUUUGAAAUUCAAA